AUGAUUGACCCAAAAAUCAGGUGUGAGCAAGUCAAGAUGCUCAGUCUGAAAGGAUUAAUAGUAUGUGUUUUUUGCCACAGGAACAAGAAAAUUGUCGAUUAUUCUCAAUUUGGGGAUUUGGAAGAUGAUGAUGAAGACUUUGCAUGUAUAGCUGCACCUUCAAGCAAAAAAUCCAGAACACAGCUCAAGGAUCCAAAGAAGGAGAAAAAAGAGAAGCAAAAAAAGCCACACAAAGAAUUGACUCCAUCACAAAAGCAGACACCUAGUAAAAGGAUAUCCUUGGAUGACAAACUUUAUCAAAGAGAUUUGGAAGUUGCCUUAGCCUUAUCCGUCAAAGAAAAAUCUGCAAAUAUCCUUGAGGUGCAAAACUCAGAAAAACAAGAUACGAAUAUUGAAUCAGAAAACGUACACAGGAGACCCCCUUUUUCCAACUGCAGUGUAGACAGUGAACUUUUAGGUCUCAAUCAGGUUAUGGAUGAUGAGGUACCUAGGGGUGAUGGUAGGCAAAGUACAGCAUCAUCUAAAGUUCCAGUGACUGUUGACGGUGAUGAUGGAGAGCAUGCUGUUUACUCUGAGCCAGAGUCUGUACCCAGUGAGGAGUCAGAAGAAGAUUCAGAUUAUAGUGAAGGUGAUGAUGAAGACUUUGCUAUGGAAAAGAAGAAAGCCAAAGGAAAUAAAAAGAAAACCAGACAGAAGAUGCCAGCUGAAAGAGAGAAGAAAAAUCCCAAAUCCAAGAUUAAUACUACAGUAUCACCUGUAGUUUCUCCUUCACGGAUAAUGGAACAAAAAUCUGAGCCAACACGAAAGAUGUCCAGUUCUUCAGAACCAGUUGGGAGGCCUUUACAUACAUCAAGUCCUGUAACAGACAAGAAGCCUAAAUGGAUACCACCAGCUGCAUCAGGAAGCAGUAAUAACUCUAUGAGAUACGUUUCGGUUAAGUCACCUACCCAGUGUCUUAGACUUGGCCUCUCCAGACUAGCAAGAGUCAAACCACUGCAUCCCAGUGCUACCAGCAGUUAA